UAUUCGAAUUAAUAACUUUGAUUUCUGACUAAUCUGAUCAAGUCGUUUACAUUGGGUCAAUUUUUUUAACCUAACUUCAGCUAAUUUCUCGAAUUCACACGUGUUGCACGCUCUACCACUUUCUGCGUUUAUCUUCCCAAGAAUCCAUUGUUCAAUUGAGGCAAGAGAAAAUCAAGGCUGAUAAACACUCGCAGGGAAAAGCUGUAUGCAUAAACAAACAUACGGAUACAAACAUUGCAAUUAUGUUGCCCUUCCGUUAACAUAUGUUUAAAUAGAGAAAUAAGUCUUCAUCUUCGUCCUAAUUUGCUCCCAUGGAGAACUUCUCAAUAAUAUUUCUCAUAACCUUCCUUCAAUUUGCCAUUUUUGUUGCAUCAGAGCAGACUCCUUACAACCCAACAGAUAAUAUCACCCUGAAUUGUGGAGCUCCUUUUGAUACAUUUGGUCCAGAUGGCCGGUUUUGGGCAGGAGACAAUAGCUCAAAAUUUGGUCCUUUUGAAUCAUCCCAGAACAAAUCAGAAGUCUAUGAAGCUGAUGGUCCAGGUGGCUCUGUAGAUACUGUACCUUACAUGACUUCCCGUGUCUCUACUUCCGAGUUCAAGUACACUUUCAGUGUUACUCCUGGCCAGAAAUUUGUUCGCCUCUACUUUCAUUCGGCUUCAUAUAAAAAAUUUGACCGAUCCAAGGCCUUUUUCUCUGUCAAAGCAGGUUCUUUCACUUUACUGAAAAAUUUCAGUGCUUUCCUUGUUGCUGAAUCAUCGAGGCAUAAAUCAUUUUUUAGAGAAUUCUGCUUGCAUAUAGAAGAGAAUCAGGUGUUGGACCUAAUUUUCACUCCAUCACCUAGUGCUUCAAAUGAUACUUACGCUUUCAUAAAUGGAAUCGAGAUUGUGUCAAUGCCUUCCAAUCUUUACUACGCUCCACUGGAAUCAUUAGAAGGCAUCCCUUACAUUGGCCAAAGUACUACUUUCUGGAUAUACAAUUACACCGCUCUUCAAAUGUUUUAUAGAUUGAAUGUUGGUGGCCGAUCCAUCUCACCAAUGGGUGAUACUGGCAUGUUCAGGAGCUGGUUUGAUGACUUUGGUUACGUGUCGAGUCCACAAAGUAAUUUCACUUUCAACAUCACAGCACCAAUAAAUUACACAAAAAUUCCGAGAUACACUGCACCGGAGGAGGUUUAUCGGACAGCUCGGACAUUGGGACGCAAUCGUACUUACAACGAGAAGCACAACUUAACAUGGAGAUUGCCCGUGGAUUCAGGCUUCAAGUAUUUGGUAAGGCUUCAUUUCUGUGAACCUCAAGAGGUGUUAGAUUCACCGGGCUACAAACAGUUUCGGAUCUUUUUAAACGGUCAAAUGGCUGAAGCUCUUUUUGACGUAAUUAUAUGGAGUGCCCAUAGCAAUGUUCCAAUUUAUAAGGAUUAUGUUCUGUUGAUAUCAAAAAAAAAAGGAAAGGAGAAUAAGCAGGAUCAUAUCACCAUAGAUCUGCCCCCUGUAGUUGCUAAGUAUUAUGAUGUCAUCUUGAAUGGAAUUGAAGUGUUCAAAUUGAACAAUUCUGAUGGUAAUUUGGCCGGUUCCAAUCCUGAACUACUGGUGGUUGCACCGUCUAAUUCCACGGAAGAAAAGUCCAAGAUGAAGCACAGAAUGGUAAUAGUUGGUGGUGGGUGUGCAGUUGGUUUGCUUAUCCUUCUUUCUUUAUUGACUUGCAUGUUUGUUCGGCGAUAUAGAAAGAGGCAGCACUACAGUUCCUACUCGGGACCGAAUUGGUUUUGCUGGUGGAUAAAUCCUAACAAAGGGAAAUCCACAAAGUCAUCAUUUUUACCGGAAGAAAGAUGCUGCCAUUUUUCACUGGAUGAGAUCAAAGCUGCUACCAACAACUUCAAUGAUGAUUUAGUUAUUGGGAAAGGUGGCUUUGGCAAAGUAUACAAAGGUUUCUUGAAUGAAGGGGAAACAAUAGUUGCAAUCAAGCGCCUGAAUCCAGAGUCUGGACAAGGUGUUAUAGAGUUCUUGACAGAGAUUGAGAUGCUAUCUCAGCUUCGCCACAUUCAUUUGGUGUCCUUAAUUGGAUAUUGCUAUGAGAAUCGUGAGAUGAUACUCGUGUAUGAUUUUAUGAGUAAUGGGACUCUUUCCGAUCACCUCUAUGGCACAAAUUAUGAUCCUCUGACCUGGAAGCAAAGGCUGGAGAUAUGCAAGGGAGCAGCUAUUGGAUUGAACUACCUUCAUACAGAAGUGAAGCCUACCGUUAUUCACCGUGACGUGAAGACAGACAACAUUCUUCUAGAUGAUAAAUUUACUGCCAAAGUUUCGGAUUUCGGGUUAUCAAAAGAGGACCCAAAAGUUGACAUGCUUGAUACCAAAGUAAAGGGCACACGGGGAUACUUGGAUCCAGAGUAUGCCCGAGGUCAUGGAUUAACAGAAAAAUCAGACGUAUAUUCUUUUGGUGUAGUGUUAUUUGAAGUUUUAUGUGGAAGAAAGGCUUUGGAUAGGAAACUGCCAGAGGGUCAAGUUAACCUGGCUUAUUGGGCUAGAACAUGUAUUGCGGAUGGGACUCUUUAUACGGUUAUUGAUCCAUAUCUGAUUGGAAAGAUAGCUCCAGAGUGUUUUAAAGUGUAUGUUGAAAUUGCAGAAAAUUGCAUAGCAGAAAUGGGAGUCAAUAGGCCAUCAAUGAAUGAUGUGAUGGAAAAGUUGGGAUUUGCAAUAGAGCUGCAAGAGGCUGCUGAUCUUGAGAAAGAGAAGAUCAACCCCGGAGGCGAUCUUAGCUACCCGGAUAUUGUGUUCCCGGUUGCUCGGAACAUGAAUUUCGAUGGUGAAUCAGGAGUGGAUUCGGAGUUGGAUUCUAAUAUAUACAGUGGAAUUGGUAUAUUAGAUUCUAAUACUACUGGAAUGACUUAUCCUACUAUUGAUUCUAGUAACUCGUCGGAUAUGUUCUCGAGCACCAACAACACAAAAAGCAUGGGAAAUUAGACAAAAGAAUGGAGACUGCAGCCAAAAGCUUAAUCCCUUUCUUUACGUUUUUUGCUAAUCAAUAAUGUGGAUGUAACUUAGGUGUGUUUAAGUAGUUUCAUGCCUUGUUUCCUGAUUGAUUGAUUUUGUAAGUCUUGAUCAUUUAUAUUCAUAUCAGUGUUUGGUUGG